GCAGCUCAGCAUGGCUUUUGUCCAAAUCAUCCAUGAGUUUUUGCUGUUUCUGAGCCAUUUAUGCCCUUAGAUCUAACUGUUGAGUUGCUAGAUCUUCAUAUUGCUCCUGCAAAUCCAUGGGUUGAUUGCUAGUUACUACGUCGACAGCUCUAUGUGGUCCCAUCGUCUAACGAGCUCUAAUACCAAUUGAUAUCAAAUUGAGGUAUCACUUUAAUGAAAUAGUGAAUUAGUAACAAAAAUGAGAGAAGAACAGAAGAGUUGAUCGAGGAAAGGCAAAAUUUAGAGAGAAGAAGAGGAGGAAGAGAGAAAUUCAAUUCAUAUAUCAAUCUCAAUGCCUUUACAUUUGGUGUACCUCUUAUUUAUAAGAUUGUAAUAAAGCUAAAAUGCUGAAAUAAAAGGAAAAGGAAAUACAGGUACGCUAAUUGUGUGACACAAACAAUAACUACUUUUCCCGCCAAAACGUGUGCAACUAAUUUUCAUGAGCUAAUGGCUAAUAUUUGUAUCACAAUAAGCCAAUAAAUCAUUUUUCGAUUAAGUUAACGAUUACGGUUCGAUUUUGAACAACCCUAAUAAGCUGGACCCAAAACCCAAAAUAAAGAAAAAGAUUUAAAAAAGAAAAUCUAAGACAAAUAACACAAGGGGGAAAACAACCGUCAACGGAACGACUAAGCUAAACGCUGCUCAGCUCCAUCUACUCAAUUGCAAAAAUAUAAGAAAAUUGUCGCUGAAUUAUUUGUUCUCCUUUCAGAUCUCUAUAUUUUUCACUCUCAGUCGAAACCAGUAGGGCAAAAUAUGGCUAGAGCCGACAGAAUUACCAACGCCAUGAAUGUAGGUAUAGCAGUCCAAGCCGAUUGGAAGAAUCGUGAAUUCAUUUCUAACAUCUCCAUUAAUGUCUGUAAGCUUUUCGACUUCCCUGUCCAAUUCGAGGCAACGACAAAGAGUAAAUUGGCGACACUAAAUGAGAAGCGUGAUACACUGGAACGUCGUUUGGAAUUGCUUGAAGUCAAGGUAAGCACAGCCACUGCAAAUCCAGCUCUGUUUAAUGUUUGA